AUGCCGGAGCCGACAAAGAAAAAGUUUACCGGCAGAUGUCGUUUGUUUGUUGGAAAUCUGCCGAAUGAGUUGAAAGAGGACGAGUUGCGAGAUUUAUUCACUCAAUACGGCGAAGUGGCCGAGUGUUUCCUCUCCGGUAAGGGAUUCGCGUUCAUUCGUAUGGACACCCGAGCGAACGCCGAAGUGGCGAAGGAACUUUUGGACGGUUUCGGGUUGAAGGGCAGGGCGUUACGCGUGCGCUUCGCCACCCACGGCGCCGCGAUCCGUGUCAAGGAGUUAUCCCCAUCUGUUUCCAAUGAACUAUUAUAUCAGGCCUUUUCGAUAUUCGGGGACGUCGAGAGGGCUGUACACAUCGUGGAUGAAAGGGGAAGACCCACUGGCGAAGGCAUCGUCGAAUUUGAGCGUAAGCCUGGCGCUUUGGACGCGCUGCGGCGGAUCAACGAUGGCAUCUUUCUAAUGACAUCAAAUCCGAAACCGGUGUAUGUCGAACAUCUCGAACCGAGGGAUGAGGAAGACGGUCUCUCAGAGCGAAUGCUAAGCAGAAACCCGAUAUGUCUAAGGGAAAGAAGCCAGCCUCCCCGGUUUGCUUCGCACGGUAGUUUCGAGUAUGAAUUCGGAACUCGAUGGAAGGAGCUGUACCAGAUGGAACGUAUCAAGCGUGAACAGUUGGAACAGGAGUUCAAGGAGGCGAGGCAGCGUCUCGAGAACGACAUGGAUAUCGCCUAUCAGGACUAUCAGGCGAUGCUUCUGCGAGAAGGUAGACGUCUAUUCUCUUGA